GAGGAUAAAGAAGAGAAAAAACCCUCUGUUGAAGAAGACAGUCAUAAUGCCAAUAAUAGUGAUAGCAAUAAUGGAGUUACAGUUUGCGCCAACUGUGAAACAACAACGACACCUUUAUGGAGAAGGGAUGCAAGUGGCAGAACGAUAUGUAAUGCCUGUGGCUUAUAUUACAAGUUACACCUUGUUCAUAGACCUGCCACUAUGAUGAGAACCGUGAUCAAAAGACGAAAACGUUGUUCAGCUAAUGAAAAAGCAGCGCAAAAGGAAUUGAAUCGUAGAAGAUCAAGUAUAACAGGAAUGGACACAGAUCCGGAUCUGAAUGAAUUCAGACGAAGAAGAAGAUCUUUGUCUCCUAGUUAUAGACCUGAAUUUUUACUCAAUAGUCAAGCUCAGAUGCUUAGCAGUGCUCCCCCUCCACCGCUUUCAUCUCAUCCUACUACCAUCACUACAAAUUUCAAUAAUAAUAAUUUCGAUAUUCAUGUCUGUUCAAACAACAUUGAAGCGCAAAGAGAAUACCGUAAUAGCUUACAGAAGGAAGUGACCCGCUUAACAACCCUACUGUCGAAUACAGUCGCCAUGUUACAAAGUAUAGAUAAUGCUAUCGCCAACGCGUUACCGCCAGAUCAAUAUUGCCCUUACUGUAACGAUAAACAACCUCAGGAACAGCAUCAAUUAGCAGCACGAUCUUUGUUAUCGUUGGCC